AAAUUAAUGCAAAAUAAAGCAAAUAAUUUAUCAGGUGUGAUAUUAUUUGGUUUGGAUUUACAAUGCCUUAAAUCAUGUCAAAAAAAUGAGUAUUAUAAAAGAAUCUUUUUAUAUCUCAAACCUGAAACACAACAAAAUUUUCGUUUAAGAGAAUUUGUUUCAGAUCUUUAUUUUUAUGCUAAAACAUUGUUUGAAAAGUAUAAUUUUACUGAUAUGACUUUAGAUUGUUUAGAAUUAAAUAUUUCUAACAAAUUAGUUAAACUCAAAUUUACUGAAUCUAAUGACGAGUUAGUAUCUCUUACUCAUCGUGAUACUAGUAUUUAUGUAUAUGAUAAGAGGUUAAUUUCUAGAAAUAGUUAUAGAUAUUUGGCAACUAUUCAACCUUCAUUAGAAU